GCCCUUUUACCCUUCCAGGACCCCAAUAACCCCCUCAGGACCCCCCCGUCACCAUGGAAACCGCACCCGGAAGCGACCAGGCCUUGAUGGUUCCAGCCGGAGCCUCUGGAUGCUGCUGGAGAUGGAGCCCAAGGUGUCCCCCCCGCCCCUCCCCCCCGAGGUGGCCCGGUCGGGGGCCGUGCGGGACCGGACCCUGGAGGCCCUGGUGGACCUGGCCGAGGCCUUGGGGACAGCGGCCACCAUCCCCGAGGUGCUGGCGCAGGCCAAGGCCGUGCUGGCCGAGGCCCAGGAGACGCGGCAGCAGCUGCACAAGGCCCUGUGGGACGCGUGGACCCCCCCGGUGGCCACGGAGUCGUCGGUGGACAAGGACGAGGACGAGGAGCUGCUGCGCCACGGCGGGGCCGAGGCCGAGCGGGCGGCGCAGAGGCUGGAGAAGGAGCAGGAGAGGCUCCAGGGGUGGCAGCGCUGGCUGCGGGCCGGGCAGGGCGCGGCCAUGGGGCUGACGGUGCUGUGCGCGGCUGUGCUGGCCCUGGACUCGGUUCGCGCCGCCCUGGGGGUGACAAAGGACGCUCAGCUCCUGCUGGCCCUUGGCUCGGUGGCCGUGGUCUGCGAGGUGGCCGCCUGGGGCUUGGGGACAUCGCGGCGUCACUUGGCCACCGCCGCCGCCCAGCAGCGGGACACGGCCCAGCGCCUGCGUGACCGCGCCCGGCAGGUGGUGGCCGCCAGGGCCGCCGCCGAGGCCACCAGGGCCACCGCCGCGGCCAUCGGGGCCGCCAUGGGGCGGCUGGAGAUGGCGAUGGACGCGCUGAAGAGGUUGGUGGCCGCUGUCGCCGAGGACAGGAAGGUGACACCGUGGGGGACAGUGGCACAGGGGUUCCCCGAGAGCGCCCGGGUGCUCGAGGACAUCGUGGAGGCCUUGGGGACAUCGAGGGACAGGGAGGACAAGGAGGUGAUGCGGAAGCUGAAGGUGGCACUGGGGGUGCUGGUGGCGCAGGUGUAGGGACGGGCUGGGGACAUGGGGGGUGGCACUGUCACCGCUGGGACGUGGGGACACCCCGACGGACACCCCCGUGUGCUUCCCUUGGGGACACCGCGGCCACGCUCAAGUCCCCUGCCCCGAUUUGGGGUCACCCUGAUGGCCCCGAGGUCCCCCCAGUGUCCCAAACAGGACAUCGGGGGGGACAUUGAGGUCCUGUUGGGGACAUCAGGGGGAUACUGGGGACAUUGGGGCCCUGUUGGGGACAUCGGGGGGACA